AUGACAAUUUACAGCGUCAAACUAGGCAUGUUUAUUUUUGUGGUGAUCAUGGCCCAGGAUAGAAGGGACACCUCGAUUUCGCCGAGUGAGGCAAUUCCUUCUACGACAAAAGGAUUGCGCGGAGAGCCGCUAUUCAACUCCAGCCGUAACGAGAGGACUACCUCGCGCAACGCAUUUAUCCUCGCCCAAGACAAAAAAUGUCUUCCAGGACCAUGGAAUUUCCCUAUUAUAGGUUACUUACAUAAACUUGAUCCGCAAGCACCUUACUUGACCUUAACAAAACUUGUCCAAAAAUAUGGACCGAUUUACAGCAUCAAACUUGGCAUGGUAAAAGUUGUAGUCAUAGCUGACGUUAGAAUAAUAAAAAAAAUAUUGGCAAAAGACGAAACACUUGGAAGACCGCCUCUCUAUUUAGUUACUACUGUAUUUGAAGGCAAAGGACUUGCACAAGCUGAUCUUGAUCUAUGGAAAGACCAACGGAAAUUUGUGGCAAAUUUUUUAAGAACAAAUUUGUUCAAUCAAGCGUUUUACAAACCCGUGGAUCCUUCGGAACUUGUAUCCCAUCUUGUAAGUAGCAUCGCUAGCAAUUUACUUCUGGGCAAACCAUUUUCUUUGAACGACAAGAAAGUUGCUGAUUUAUCACGGAAUCUUAACUUUUUCAAUAAGUCAAUACUGUUCGGAACUCCAUUGAACUUACUGCCAUUUCUACGUUUCUUGCCGCCAUACAAGAAAAAAUUGACGCUGGUAAAAGAAGCUGUCCAAAGAGUUCGCGAAAUUCAAAAGAAACUGGUACAGGAAUGUGAAAAAGCGUCUUGUGUGGAUUCUCCGUCAAAUCUUGUUGAAGCUUUUCAACUACAAAUAUCCGAAGGCAAGCCUGAACACAUUUACAAUGUCGACCAGCUGCAUCACGACAGUCUGCUGCUUGGGUUGGUCCAAUACCCUGAGGUUCAGAAUAAAAUACGACAAGAACUCUCCCACGUGUUAGAAGAUAAAACGGUAGAAGUGGACGAUUUGAUCAACUUACACUACAUUAAGGCAACUAUUGCCGAAGUCGCCCGGAUUAGAAGUUUAACACCAUUGGGAAUUCCACACAGUACCUCUGAAGAAAUUUGCAUUGAGGGAUUUACGAUUCCAAAAGGUGUAAUGAUAAUGCCGUUAUUAUGGGCAAUACAUAUGGAUCCACAAUUUUAUAAAGAGCCGGAAGAAUUUCGUCCUGGAAGAUUUUUAGACAGUAAUGGACACUUUUUUAAACCGGAGUCAUUCCUUCCGUUUCAAAGCGGUAAAAGAAUGUGCAUUGGUGAAGAUAUAGCAAAAACAGCGGCAACAAUUUUCAUUGCUGGUGUUUUGCAGAAUUUUAGAGUCGAGCGUGUUGACUCUACACCAUUAGAUUUGACUGGUAUUUGUGGUGCCACACUAAUACCUAAACCGCAGAAACUGAUCUUUACAAAAAUUUAA